AUGCGGUUGUCGAGCCUCAUCUCCCGGCACGGCUCCGUCCUGCGGCGUUGCGCCGGAGCCGGAACUCGGCCGAUGUACUCUCAACGCCGUCCUAUGAGCUCUUCGUUGGCCGGUGUAAAAGAGUUGCUCAAGGUCUCUGAGGAAAUCACCGAUGCCGUCGCCACUAACAAGCCCAUUGUUGCUCUUGAGUCAACCAUCUACACCCAUGGAGCUCUGGGCAAUGAACUCGCCCUCCAGCACUCCGAUCUCGUGCGCAGUAAUGGAGGCAUUCCUGCUAUCAUCGCCAUUGUGGAUGGUGUGCCUACCGUUGGCGCAACAGCAUCUGAUAUCCUUCGCAUGAUUGAGAGCGGAAGUGCUGUCAAGGCAUCAAGAAGGGAUAUUGCCUACAUUGCAGGAAUGGGCUUGACAGGGCAGAAGAUUCAUGGUGGCACCACCAUCUCCGGAACUAUGUUGCUGGCAAGGCUGGCAGGCAUUCGGGUCUUUGGCACUGGUGGUUUGGGUGGUGUUCACCGUGGUGGCCAUGACUCUAUGGACGUUUCUGCUGAUCUGACUGAACUUGGCCGAACCCGGGUCGCCGUCAUCAGCAGUGGUUGCAAGGGCUUCCUCGAUAUCCCCAGGACACUGGAGUUCCUUGAGACGCAGGGCGCCCACGUCUCGACCUUUGCCGAUGGUCGAUCUGGAAAGAUUGACUUCCCUGCUUUCUGGGCUCGGGAUAGUGGUAUCAAGAGCCCUUCUGUUGUGCAGACUGAGAAGGAGGCUGCCGCCAUCAUCCUUGCCCAAGAGAGGCUCGGCAUCGAGUCAGGCUUGCUCUUUGCAAACCCUAUCCCUGAGGAGUUUGGUAUUCCUGCCCCCGAAAUGCAGGCCUACAUCGAACAAGCCGUCAGGGAGGCCAACGAGAAGGGCUUCACUGGAAGCGCCAACACCCCUUAUAUCUUGGGCAGGCUCAAGGAGCUCACGGGAGAGAAGGCCGUCAUCGCCAACAAGGCGCUUGUAACAUCCAACAUCACCCGGGCCACCAACAUCGCUGUCGAACUCUCACGGUUGUUGUCUUCUGGUUCCGAGCCAGUCAAGACUUUCAAUUCAUUCCCUGUCGCUCCAUCUGCUGCGCCCACUGAGCUCAAGGAUCCAGUAGUAACGGCUGACAGCAAAGUUGAUAUCCUUGUUGCUGGUUCUGUAGCCGUUGAUCUAAGCUGUGACUAUGCCCCGAAGUCGGGUGAUACUUCGCCAGUUCUCCAUACCUCGAAUCCAUCCAGUAUCAGCCAGUCCAUUGGAGGUGUCGGCCAUAAUGUAGCGCUUGCUGCCCACUCUGUUAGUAAACAUGCUCGGGUGCGGCUCUGCAGUAUGGUUGGUGAUGAUGUUGCCGGCAAGACUAUAUUGAAUGGUCUCAAGGCUUCUGGCCUAGACACCACAUACAUUCGGCAGCUAGGUCAUGAGUACCAUGGUUCGAACAGAACGGCACAGUACGUCGCUGUUAAUGACGCAAACAAGAACCUGGUCAUGGCUAUGGCCGACAUGGGAAUCUUCACCAAUCAUUCGUUCCCCGAGUACUGGAAAUCUGCCGUGCGAGGAACCAAACCCAAGUGGUUGGUGGUAGAUGGCAAUUGGAGUGAGAAAGAUAUUCGAGCAUGGCUCAAAGCUGGCCAAGACCAAGACUGCAAGGUCGCCUUUGAGCCAGUAUCAACUGCCAAGUCUAUGAACCUCUUCUGUCCUCAAAAGGGCCACCCAAAACUUCGAGUCUUCCCCAAGCCUACAGUGGACAUAGCAUCACCCAACAGCUACGAGCUGGCCGCCAUGUACUCUGCAGCUCGCGAGAACGGUUAUCUUGAAUCCCCCGAGUGGUUUGACAUUAUUGACUCUUUCGGCAUGCGAGGUGCCCGAGAUCGUUUUGUCAGGAUGACCUCGGCAGAACUGACAGAUGCUGGUGUCCCUGUGCAGUCUGUCCAGCUUCUUCCUUACAUCCCCACGAUAGUCACAAAACUUGGUCCUCAGGGUGUUCUUCUGACUACCAUCCUCGGCAAAGAUGAUCCUCGGUUGAGAGAUCCUGAUUCGGAAGAAUACAUUGUCGCUCGAUCCACGAAUGACCAUCCAAGUGUCGGAGGAUUGUACAUGCGACUGUUCUCCGCAGCCGAGAAGGUUCAGAACAUCGUAUCUGUUAACGGUGUUGGGGAUACGUUCUUUGGUGUUUUGAUUUCUGGUUUGGCUCAGGGAGGUAAAGUUGAGAAUCUGAUUGAUGUUGCACAAGCAGGCUCAUGUUUGACACUCAAGUCUCAUGAGUCUGUGAGUCCCGACCUGUAUCGAUUGGAGAAGGUGUUGGCACAGGCUGCAGCACAGUAA